UUAAACGCCGGGAUAUUGUGAAAAACAAAUCAGCGACCUUUUAGAAAGCUUGGAGUCUCUUUUAUGGAAGUUUCUCGAAAAACAGUUUUUCAUUUUCUUCGCAAUUGGGGGACUGAGAAUAUUUUUCAGUUUUGAUGUUCGUCGACUCUGGACUGUUCCGCUUUAGAAUUAAGACGAUACACCAUCAAACACUCACACAAGGAAUUAGAAGACCUCUUCAGAACGUAAAUCCCCUGGACAAAGUUUACGAUGUCAGAAAAUCUAAGAAACGAUUGCUGUAAUGCAUCUGACGUGGAGGAUUUUUCCUUGGUGCCGUCAACCUGGCCUUUGGGAGUGGUAAUUUUGACAAGCAUUCUAAUGAUUGUUGUGAACAUUGUAACUCUGGUUGGUAACUCUUUUGUUAUCGUGGCUAUGGCGAAGAUUAAUUCACUGAAAAGUAUGGCGAACAAUCAAGCAGUCAUUUCUUUAGCGGUCGCUGAUCUUUUGGUGGGUUUACUAGUUAUGCCUUGCACAAUCGACGGUUUGUUAUCGGGAAAAUGGCGAUGUGGAGCUCUAUGGGGAAAACUAAACGCGUUUGGCAACUUUUCUUUCUGUAUUUCAUCUAUUAUGCACUUAACAUUGCUAUCUUUCGACCGAUAUAUCGCAGUUACUCGUCCCUUAGCUUACAGAUCGAUAUUUACCAAAACAAGGGCACAAUAUGGUUGUCUUUUAUUGUGGAUUUAUUCAACUUUGUGGGCUCUGCCGCCACUUUUUGGUGUAAGUUCUUACGAAUGUUUUAUUCCUUACAUCGGAAAAUGUCUAGAGAAAGAUUGGCUUCAGAGCGAAGUAGCGGUCGUUUUUACCGUUGCAGUAGUUUGUGGAACAUACGGGGCUGCCGUUUUAGUUAUGUGCUUUGUCUACAUGAAGAUAUUUUUGACGAUUUUCAAACAGUCGAAAAAAAUUUCUGUGACAAUGGAACAAGUACGAAGUAACUUUGAUUUUGCAGCGAGAACACGGGCCUCGAUCAGGAAGGGAGCCUUAACAGUGCUCAUUGUUAUUGGAAUCUAUAUGGUUUGUUGGUCACCUUUUUGUGUUCUUCUCUUUGUACAAAUGGCCUGUGGCAAAUCCACAGGAGGCCCAACGGCGGAUCUAAUAACAAUGUUUAUUGGCUUUGCAAAUAGUGCUUGUAAUCCCAUCAUAUACAGCAUACGAUAUAGAGCGUUUCGACAAACUGUAAAGCGUAUAUUUUUAAGAAAUUAUGACUGUUUACAAUAUUUCCUCAGCAGAAAGGAGCCAAUUAAUAACAGCAUGCAAGCAAUAACGGCCAAUAAGAUUUAGAUCGUUCAGUGUAAAUAUUUUCAUGGGAAAUUAGACAGCAUCACUUGGUAUUGAGUCAGUUGUACACUUGCUCUUCGGUGGUAUAUUUGAUUACUCUUAAGAUUAUCGUUCUCCGGAUCUGAAGAAUUCAACUGAGUUAGAGACACGCAAUCAAUCACAAAGUCUACUUUCAGCGAAGGUCGAUCAAAUAAGUAACAUAUAGUUUCGCGAUUUUCGAGAUGGCAUGUCAGGGAUGGAAAUCCAAUGGAAACUAAGCAACGCAGUCCUUAAACAAGAAAACGAAUGAAAGUUAAACAAUGAUUUAGAAGAAAAUAACUCGGAGCGCAAUUAAGUUUUUGUGUUGAUGUGACCAAGUUUUCAAAGGAAGGGCUGCGUAUGUGUCGACAUGAAAUUGUGUCCAAGAGCAUCAGAGACAAACUGCACAUAAAUUAUCAAGAAGAAUAAAUCAGUUCGUCAAAUACAU